AUGGCUGAUACUCAAACUGGUACCAACGGCCACGCAGGUACACCGUAUGAGGAUGGGAGAAGUAACGGCAGCACUAGAUUAACUUUAGAAAAAAGUCGCCAGGAGGAACGAAAUACAGAUGGGACUUUACUUUAUGACUGGGACGGCGAGAAUGAUCCGAAAAAUCCCCGUCCUUAUUGUUCCAUUCUUUUCGGCCUCCCAGCAGGUGCAUACGGCGCGGGAAACGAUGAGAUGAGUGCUCUAUUCAACGUCAGCAACUCCGGCUUCCCCUACUUGUUCUUCGCUACAACUUCCUGGAAUAUUGGAGCUGCAAUAUUUCCCUUAUUAUUUGUACCAUUGACGGAAACUUCGGGUCGUAUGCCUGGAUACUUUGGUGCAUAUAUCAUUUUCCUAAUCUUUUUGAUACCAUGUGGAGUAGCACAGAACUUCGAAACUAUGGUUGUGUGUCGAUUUUUUGGGGGAGGAGCUUCUUCAGUGGCUAUCAAUAUUGUUGGUGGCACUAUUUCAGACGUUUGGAAAGGUCCUCAACAACGAAGCUUGCCACUAUCCUUAUUUGGAACGACGAGCGUCAUCGGAAUUGCGCUCGGCCCCUUUGUUGGCGGUGCUAUCACUUCCACAUAUCUCUCUUUUCGAUGGAUAUACUGGGUUCUGCUUAUAAUCACCGGCGGACUUCUACCCGUUUUCUGGUUUCUUUUGGUGGAAACUCGAGGGGAUAUAAUUCUAGCCAGAGAAGCUAAGAAAUGGCGCAAAAAUAAUCCAGACGAAGAGCCACGCUAUGCGGAAGCUGAGAUUGAUGUGCCACCUGUAGCUACUCGACUUAAGGUCUCCUUCAAGCGUCCAGUCAAGAUGCUUUGCACCGAAUGGGUCGUAUUUUCGCAAACACUUUGGGUAUCAUUCGCGUGGGGUCUGCUAUUCCUCUUCCAAUCCUCCGUCACUCAAACCUUCUCCACAAAUUACAACUACAACACCUUUCAGACUUCCCUUAUUCAACUCUCUCUCAGCGUUGGUGCCAUUAUUGCCACUUUCGUAAAUCCGAUUCAAGACCACCUAUAUCUGCAAUCCGCAAAACGUUCCAAGACAGGAACACCAAUCCCGGAAGCCCGUCUCUAUUCCUCCAUUCCCGGUUCUCUUUUGUUUACAGCGGGUCUCUUCUGGUACGGUUGGUCCUCCUAUCCCUCUCUUCCCUGGAUUGUCCCCACUCUCGGUAUCGGUUGUGUUGGCUUUGGAAUAUAUUCCAUCUACCUAGCUGUGGUAAACUAUCUGACCGAUUCCUACGAAAAAUACAACGCAUCAGCGCUCUCGGCAGCAUCAUUGGGAAGAAAUAUGUUCGGGGCCUUCUUGCCACUAGCAAGUCCAUCACUCUACACAAACUUAGGGUUCCAAUGGGCAAGCUCUUUACUAGGAUUCGUAGCAUUAGUGUUAAGUCUAGCUCCGGUCUUGUUGUUGGUCAAGGGGGAGGAGAUUAGAAAGAGGAGCCCUUUUAUGAAGGAGGCAACUUUUGCGAGAGAGAGGCACCCCGAACCACAGAGGACGCACCAUGUUGGUGGGAAAGAAGUAACGGGAUCUAUGGAUGUUUUCUGA